AUGUUUGGUAAUGGUAACUGUGAUGUUGAUAAUGAGAAAACCAUAGUCACUUCUAGCAAAUGGACACAGAGUGAGAUAGAUGAUCAUAAGGUUUCAAUGGCUUCUUCAACUGGUAAUAGGGUUAUGGAAAAACCAGGUCAAGAGCUUCUUCAACAACAACAACAAGCUUUAAGAUGUCCCCGUUGUGAUUCAUCCAACACGAAAUUCUGUUACUAUAAUAACUACAGUUUAACACAACCGAGACACUUCUGCAAAGCCUGUAAAAGAUACUGGACAAGAGGUGGAACACUCAGAAAUGUUCCUGUUGGUGGUGGUUGCAGAAAAAACAAACGUCUUAAACGACCAACAUACUCUUGUUCCAACAACAACAACAACAUUGAUUCUUCUGCUUCUCCUUCUUCUUCAACUCCUUCUAGUGUUGUUGCUAAUCCAAACCCUCCUUCUCAAUCUCAACAACAACAGCAGCAGCAGCACCAUAGUUUUGAUAUUGCUGCUACCUCAAACCAUAUCAAUACUAUGCUUUAUGGUGGUAACAACUCUUGUCAUGAUGUUAUGAAUUUUCCUUUUUCAACAAGGUUUAAUUCUACUACUAGAGUUUCAAAUCCUGCUUCUGGUUAUGAUAAUCUUCACCAGAAUGGUCUUGGAUUAGGUUUUUCAUCUGGGAUACUAAUGUCUGCUGCUGGAGGAGAAGUUAAUCUUAAUCAUCAUCAUCAUCAUCAUGAGGAGGGUAGUUACAGAAAUGGGUUUAGUACUUCAAAUAAUAACAAUUACAGUUCUAUCUUUGGUUCUUCUUCUACUUCAACUACUCCAGUUAUGGCUUCUCUACUUAACUCUACAUUACUGCAACAGAAGUUCAUGAGUACUGGUGGUGGAAUAAAAGGUGGUGGUGGUGGUGGUCGUGAUGAUGAUCCGUUUCAUCAUCAUCAUGAGAUGGAUUCAAAAGAAGGGAAAUUAGGAGAAGGGCUACAAAAUAGGUUGGAUCAGUGGAAUAUGAACAAUCUAAAUGGUAAUGGUGGUGCUGCUUUUCAAAACCAGAUGGAGAAUAUGGGUUUGUCUGAUAAUAAUGCUUCUCUUUAUUGGAAUAAUAAUCACAACAACAGCAACAACAACACAGCAGCAACAGCAACAGGUUUGGGUAGUGUUUGGAGUACUGAUCAACCUGGUUCUAAUUCAGUUUCUUCUCUGAUCUAG